GCCUUACUGGUGCCGCGAUGGGACAAACUAUCUCUAUUCGCAAUCGGAGCGCGCUCUUCUCGGCGCAGGAGCUGGAGGAAGAACUUAGACUUUCUUCCAGAGAAACUGAGGCCAGGACUUUGGGGUUAAGUUCUUGUUUGGACCAUAGGAGAGGAUCACAACUUCCUCAUAUGUUAAAAAUUAUCCGCAUAUGGGGAGAAGAAGAAUGUCAAGGAAAAACAAAACAUUAAUUUUUAAAUACUUUCUUAAUCUUAUUAAUGGAGCUUUCUUGGUUCUUGGACUUUUACUCAUGGGAUUUGGUACAUGGCUUUUAUUGGAACAAAAUUUUUUCACAGCUCUGGUUUCUGCAGAUGAAAAUAAGCACUUAAUAGUAUUUAUUUUUCGAAUUUUGAUUGGAACUGGAUCUGCUAUCAUUCUUCUUUGUCUCUUGGGUUACUUGGGAAUUCACAAUGAAAUCAGAUGGCUCCUAGUUCUGUAUGCAGUGCUGCUGAUGUGGGCCUUUGGGGUUCAGGUUGUACUUUCAGCACUCAUCUCCGCAAAGAAAGAGGAGGUUCACCAAGUAUGGCAUGAUGAAAUUGAUUCAGUCAUUUCCGAGUAUGGCUGUAAGGAUCAGCCUGGAAACAUACCCAAGUGGAUGAUUCUGGAUGCUUUACAGAAAACAUUACAGUGUUGCGGACGAAAAAAUUAUACAGAUUGGAUAAAGAAUAAGAAUAAAGAAAAUUCAGAACAGGUGCCGUGUUCUUGCACGAAUUCUACAUUAAGAAAGUGGUUUUGUGAUGAGCCACAGAAUGCAACUUACACAGAGGGUUGUGAACAUAAAAUCAACACAUGGUAUCAUGCUAAUGCUUUAACCUUAGUUAGAAUUAACUUUGGACUUCUGGCUUCAGAGGUUUUGCAAGUCGUGUUAACUUUUUCUUUCUUCAGACACAUCAAGAAUAGAAUAUAUGCAGAAAAGUGAUCUUUGGAUUUUAAUUUGUCUGGAAGAAACCAGUUAAUUUUCAAAAUAAUCAUGUCGUAUUCUUCUAGUCCAAAAAAAUGUUUUGAAUGACAUUCAUCAAGUUUAGGAUUUAUUCAGAGUCAUUGGUUAUAUAUAACACAGAAUUAUUGGCUGCUAUAAUAAAUCACUCCAUGAAAUUUUUCUUAAUUUAGUUUUAGAAUAUCUGAAUUCAGAGGGUAUUAUCAUAUAUUCUAAUUUUAAAAUGUGGUACCACAUUUUGAGUUUCUUAUGUAGAAAAAAAUACCAAUAUGAUAUUUAGAAAAUACUAAAUAAGCAAUUAUAACAUGUACUUUACACUUGCAAAUUUCAAGGAAACAACACUGAUUUAUAGGAGAUUUAAAAGAAGGAUUAAAAGUAUUCAUGGCACUGACCUUGACAUUUAAUUAAUCAUUGAUUUCUCUUGUCUUUUAAUUUCUUACAAGUGGAUAAUAAAAUUCUAUAGAUUUGGAUAUACUUUAGGGUCAAUAAUAAAAUACUAAAAUAACGAUGGAUUUUUAACUAUAGCAAAAAUAAUUAUCUACUCACUGAGUUCUCAUAUUCUUAUUCCUCAUUUUCCCCCUUUUUUGGGACUUUUGUUCAGUGCAUUCACACACAGUUCUCUGAAGUAUAUAAAAAUAACCUACCUGUUCUAUAUUCCUAACAAUGAUACUGAGAACAGAAAAAAUCUUUGAAAAAAUAAAAAGUGCUAUACAGAUAUGAGAUAUUAUCAUAUCAUUGUUGUCCUUUAUAGAAAAAAGCCGCCUUGACCUUGAGGAAAUGAAGAAAGGAUAGAUUUCCUAAAGAUACUGCAUUGCACCCACUGCUAUAGAAGGCAAACUCAUUUAUUAAUUAAGUCAUAUCUCUGCAUAUAUCUAUUCAGGACAUUACAGAUUUCAGAGACCUGUGGACUUUUCUAAGUCAGCACAAAAGAAAAUAUAAUAACCAUUUUCUCUAAAAUGACCUGUAAAUAGAUGUGCCUUCUAUUCACAAAGGAAAAUUCUCUUGAGAUUUAAAAGCUCAUUUUCAAAUUCCUAUUUUCAAUAAAAUAUACCACAGGAACACACUGACAACAAAAAUCUCUCUCCUGCUUGAAAGUUGAGACCAACUUAUUUAUAAUCAAAUAAAUAUUAUAGAAAUAUAUUCUAUUUGUUUUCACAUCACGGAAACCAAAAAGGGUCUCUACAUACUAGAUUGUCUAUUUUCAGUUAAUACAAUUAAAUCACAAAAUAUAUGCACCAUUGACCAAAUCGAUCACCUUUAUGAUUUUAGGAAACAUUGUUUUAAAGGAUGUUGCUUUACACCUUGAAUAAAAUAAAGACUUACUUGGUAAGAUAAAAUAGAGUAGAUUAGGGUCAUACCUCCCACUUAAACUUUUUUUUUUUUUAAUUUCUGAGUUAGAAAACAUAGAAAGUUCUGAAAGUCAAUCUGGAUCAGAAGUGAAACAGUGAAUUAAUAUUUAGAGCAACACGUAGUCCCGACUUCCCCUCACGUUGUCAUAUCACUUGCAAAAACACAUUUAACUUACUCCAGGCUCCCUGUUUUAAUUAUGUUUCCAAAAAUCAGGGCAGUUUUUUUUGGCACUAUAUUCGUGGACUACCUUCAGAUUCCUUUUACCUUCUUAUACAUGCAUUCAGUUAACAAGCAUUUAUGGAGUACCUACUAUGCUCCAAGGACACUGUUCACUAUUGAGGUAAGAAGAGAUCCAUCUAUAGUUCCUCUUGGGAGCUGGCUUCAGAGGCAUCUACCUUGUCUUUAGAAGAGCCCUAAAUUUGGUUUAAUACUUGGCAGGUGUCAUCUUGAAAUUCUUAAUAAUUUUUGAACAAGGAAUGUCACAUUUACACUUGGACUGGUCUCUCUAAAUGGUAGCCAGCCCAGUCCCUCUAGUUAAACUUAGAGUCAGUCACACAUCCUGACGUGCGAACACGUCAACAUACAUAUGGGAUAAUUUUUAUGGACACCCAGAAAGAAAAUUCCUGUUUGCCUUAGAAAAUCAGAGAGCACUUCAAAAAGGAAUCACUCGUUCAACAGUUACUUAUUAAGCAACAUCUAUGUGUUGGGUACCACUCUAAGUGCUAGAGAAAGAGUAGAGAAUAAAACAAAAUGAAGAAAUGAAAAAUCACGAAGGUUACAUUCAACUCAGCAGAGCCAAACAAUAACACAGAAACAAAGUUAUUAUGUGAGAUGGUAGGAAGUGCUAUAGAGAAAAAGUCAGUCAGGAAGUAGAAUAAGGGGAAGUAGGAAGCUUGCAGUUUGAAACAGGACUUCCAAAGGUGGCCUCACUGGAAAAAUGACUUUUGAGAUGAGAUGACCAGCAGAAAGAACACUGCAAGUGCAAGAGGAAACAGCAAGUCAGAAGGAAGAAGUGACAUGACACAAAAGUGAGCACUGUGAGUUCAAGGAGGGGCAAGACAGCCUAUGUAGUGGGUGUGCAGUGAGUUGGGGGACUUGGAGGUUGGGGAAUGUAGGGAGGUUCAGAGGCGGAACAGGUCUUAUAGGGAGCUGUCAGCCAUUCUCAGGGCUUUAGUUUUUAUUGAGUGAAACGGAAAGCAAGUGGCAGGUUUUGUACAAGUAACAUGAUUAAGCUUAUUUUUUAAUUGGAGCAAGCUGGCUUCCAUGUUGAAAACAGACUCAAAAGGCACAAGUAUGCAAGCAGGCAGAACGAAUUGAACUCUAUUUAACAAUCCAGAUAAGAGAUGAUGGUGGGUUUGGCCAGAGAACAGAAGUGGCGUUGGUGUGAAGGGAUCAGAUUCUGUCUAUCUUUUGUGCUAGAGUCAUCAGAAUGUUCCUGCAGCUUGAAGGGAGAGAUACGAAAGAAGAAGAGGAGCCAGAGAUGACCUGAGUACGUGGGAGGAUAGAGUUAUCAUUUAUAAACAUGGGAAAGACUGUGGAAGAAGCAAGGUGAUUUUAUUUUUUUUCCCAUUUUUUUGAAGUUUAUGGAAGUAUAGCAGGUAGUUUCUGCUGUACAAAAAAGUGAUUCAGUUAUACAUGUACACACAUCCCUUCUCUUGCAGACUCUUUUCCCACAUAGAUCACCGCAGGAGAGUGGGUAGCGUUCUCUGUGCUACACAGCAGGUCCCCGUUGGCGAAUAGCUCACGGCGCAUGUGCCAAUUCCAGCGCCACGUCCAGCCCCCCAUCACCUGUGCCCUUUGGUAACCAUCAGUUUUUCAAAGUCUGUGAGUCCGUUUCUGUUCUGCAAAUAAGUUCAUUUGUGUCCUUUCUUUAGAUCCCACAUAUAAAUGAUAGCAACGCUUAACACUUGAAAAAUCCUGCUGAGGUCAUUUGUUACGUGUCUGCAGCCCCCACUAGUCUGUAAGAAACUCAAGGCUAGAGCUAUUUUGAGUGUCUUUGCAGCCCCAAAGGCUUACUCAGUACUUCCCAAUGUAGCUGGCCAGUAAAUGUUAAUGAACUUUAAUGGUCAGAUUACUCAGUGUGUCGUGAGUUACAAUCCUAUUGCCCUUUUAGGUUGUCUGACUCUGUACUCAAUAGUUUUAACUUCAUUAGACUCUCAUAAAUAUAAUCUGUCCAAACUUGGUUGGUAAACAGUAUCUGCUAGUUUGGUUAGUCACUGCCACCCACUUCUCCUUUCUCUAGGAACCGGAAUGAGAGAUUUUGGAAGAACAAAUACUUCUUUAAAAGAAUUUCCUUGAACCAGAAAUUAAAAAAAAAUCCUAAAAUAGAAAUAUUAUCAGAUAAUCCUGUUUGUUUAAUGUUUGCGACAUUUGUUUAAUGUGUGUCUGCCUUUAUUUUCUCUUUCUGAUCUCAGGGGAGUGAUUCUUCAGGGACAUUGGAGCCCCUGGCAAAAAAACAAAACAAAAAAAUCUAAUAUUUUUACUGAUAGAAGCCUGAAAAGAAAAAAAAAAUUUUAUACUACCUGUUAUGGUUCAUUGUUUAACCUCUUCUAUUACUUUUUCUUUAUUCCUUUUUCUAUUGAAAUCACCCAUCAGGUGAAAGAGAACAGUGGCAUAUUUCCAGUAAAUCUAUAAAUAUUUAUUGAAUGGGAAUGGAUUUUCACACUAUAUAAAUGGUAAAACCAGGGAAAGCAGAAGCUAUUCCUUGAAAAAUCAAAUUAUUUUAAGAUUAAAUCUUUGCUAGUAUUCUGAAUAUCUGGAACAAAAUAAAAGGCAAUACUUUUGUACAAGAACAUUUGUAAUGUGAAGAGAAAGUAUGUAAUCAUUGUUGAAAAUUAUUAAAGGUUAUUACUAAUUGCACUUGAGGACAGUAGACAUUCUCCUGUAUGUCUGAAAAGAUUUAUGGAAUGAAACAUGCAGAACUGCUCACUUCUUUAAUUAAUAGUUCAUCAUGGUUGCACAUUUUAUUUCAGGGAAAAAGUAAGACUCUCUACAGUGUCUUUAUCAGAAAAUUGGUAUCAUAGAUAUGUAAAUGUAUGCAUAUAAAUAGCAUUUAAAUUAUUAUAUGUAGUGGAAGUAGAAGAUACAAUAUUUUAAAAUCAUUCAUUUUAUGAUAAUUUUCUAGGAUAUAGACACAUUAUAUACAAUAUAAAUCAGAUUUUAUAACUGAUAUUCUAGUGUAAGUUGUUUACUAUUUAUUCAUUUAUUUUAUUUCACUCAGGAGGAAAUGCUAUUUUUUUCAUUUUGAAAUAUGGUUUAUCACUAUUUAACUCCAGAAAAGAGAAAGAAUGAGAAAUAAAAUAAGAUUUAACAACAAAGUCAUUAAUUUUCAUGUUGCAUUAAGUAUAUCACUACCUAGUGUGUUUCUAAAUACCACUAAAUGAAAAAUGGCCUGCAUGUGAUGGGGCCACAAAUUUAAAGCAACUGAAAUUAUAAGAAUUUCUUCUGUUAAAAAAUACAGUAGGUUUUGAAAAGUCCACUUCUACAAGAAAAUUCGGUAAACAUUACCAGUAACCUCAAAAUGAAUUAUCCACAAAAUAGACACAACAUUGAGGGGUUUAUUUUUCGAGUCUCUAUGAUAUAAAGAUACUGAGUUUUAAUAUAUACUUUUGUGUCUAUUGAUGUUUGACUUUCUGGUCUAAACAUUUUUUUUCAAAUCCAAACUGCUUGGGCUAUUAUUGGAUACCUGAAAACUGUGCAUUUAAUUAGCAAUUUGUACUAUGCACAAGAAACAGAUAAUCUUGCAUCCUAUCAUACCAAUUUAUCACACAUUACAUAUUUAUCUUGUCAUGUAUUCAUCCAUAUUCAUUAAAAAUACUGCCAACCUCAUUUUUCCAUCUUUCAAUUUUGGUCUAUUUCAAAGCCAACCAAACCUUUUUCUAGUAUACUUCCAAUAUUUCUGUUCAAUCUGUAGACUCUGUACCAGUCUUAGGUUUUUCAUGAGAAAAUUAAGAUUUUUCGGAAAUAUUACCUAUCUUUCUCUAGAUUAAAAUAUAUGAGUCCCAAUAUCACAACUAUAGCUGGUGGGCCUUCUCUUUCCCUGGGCUUCUACAGGAGCCCAGGGAGAUUCAUGUGUUGCCAGGCGUCCUCUUAUUUUCUGGGCAUAUACGUUUCCUUAAGCCCUCUACCACCUCCACUCCAUAAACUCUUAAGGUAUAGGCUAAGUUUACCCAGUUCACUUGUGCCACUCUUUUUGCAAGACUGGCAAAGAAUGGCUUGCAUUAUACUUGUGAAUGUGAGCAUGUCUUGCAGCUCUUGGUUCUCAACCUGAGACCUCAACCACAGUCCACACAUAGGCCAGUUUUGAGCACUAUAAUUUAGUGUCUCCUUCACAUCAAAACCAUGCAUCGAAUAAAUUAAUUUAUUAAUGAAAACAUGGAUGAGUCUUUCACUUGGGAUCUUGUACUCAGACGAAAAGGCAAUAUCCUUUACCUUAUAAAGAACAUUUUUCUGGAGACCUUCUUUGCAGAAAAGAGGUAUCUUGGUAGCCUGAGACCAUCUAAUCUUAGGAGAUCCGGCUUACAAGAUGAACUCUUAGAGUGCACCUGGGAACGUGAAUGAUACACUAAUUUGAAACUUCCUUAAAUGACAAGAGUGACUCAUUGUACCUGAACUGUUUGCACAAUUUGCUUUAUGCUGAAACCCUGCUCUCCUUUGGAGAUUCUAGAUUUUGCCUAUGUGCUAGGCAGAGGGUGCCUACGUGACCAGUCCUUAGUAAGAAUCCUGGACAAUGAACAGAAGUUCACUGAUGGAUAAGGUGUGUGCUGUGUGACUCCACUAGAAAAAGACGUGAAAGUUGAUUCACUUAUAUCCAUGUACGUUUUCCCUUCACUGAUUUUGCUUGGUAUCCUUUCACUGUAAUACAUCCUAGCUAUGAGUAAAAUUACACAUUGAGUCCUGGGAGUUCUUCCAGUGAACCACUGAACCUAGAAUGGUCUUGGAGACCCUCAACACACUCCCUGGAAAGGAGAUUUUAUUUCAAGCCAAGGGCUUGCGUCUCAGAAGUGAUGCUGUCAAUACACAGAAAUGUAUUACCUUUAGCCAAAAUAGUUGCUUUUCAUGUUUACUUGGGUAAUCGAUCUCAUUACUUGCUUACAACUAUUUUCAGUGGCUACUUUUAUUCCAUUCCACCGUUAGAUAAAUCACUCGAUCAGCCUAAGCACACUGGAUUUUUCAAAUAAUAUCUCCUAUUCCUCUCUAUAUCUUUGCUCAUUCUGUUCCCAUUUCCUUGAGUACCUCUUCCAGUUCUCCCACUGGCAGAAGCCUAAUUCUUUAGGGGCUUUGAGAGACAGAAAAGGAGAGGGGUUAGCAUGUGGUUUUAGAAUUAGAUGGUCUGGACUCAAAUCAUGCCACUUACUAGCUAUAACCCCGAGCAAGGUUCUAUAGCUCAGUUUCAUUAUUUGAAAUAUGCAUGUAAUAAAAAGUAAACCUGUAAAGUAGGAACAAAUUUAAGAUUAAAUGAUUCAAUAUUUGUGACGUGUUUAAAGCUAUACAUAGGAUAUUGUAAAAGAAUAUUAUUUAUGGAUCUAUAAAAUAAAUUAUAUCGGCUUCAUAAAUGAUUUCAAGAAUAUGUUAUACUGGCUUCCUAAUUGCUCUGAGAAACAUACGUCGUAUGCCAGUGGCUGAGACCAUGGAGUAGGGGUAACAGAGUAGACUGAGAGAGGAGGGUUUGCAUGUCUUGGUAAUUGACUAAACUGGCCUCCAGUCUCCUGGAGCAACAGGUAAAAUGGUUUAAGUUGUUCUAUGCUUGAUAGUGGGAAUGCCUCCUGAUAGGGAGGGCACUGUUUUAAAAGGCCUAGUAUAAUUUUACAUGAAAAUUUGUCUAACAUUACCAAUAACUUCAAAAUAAAUUGUGAACAGAACAGUCACAGCAUUUAAAAGUUUGCUUUUCAACCUUGAAAAUAUACUGAGUUUUAGUGUUUCCUUUUGAGUUUAAUAGUGUUUAACUUUGAGGCAUAAAUGUUUUCUCCUCAAUCCAACCAACCCAGCAAUGGUGCUUGAGCCUUCUGGACUCGGAAGACUCAAGGAAAAAGUAGAAAAAACAUCUUGGCAUCUGCCCACACUUCCUUACACGCUGCCCUUAUAAGUGCCCCAUGAAGACAGUUCUUGUACCUUUGUGGUCUUUCAGUCCACUGACCUCCUCACAUCCCCACUAUUCAUAUCUCCCACCUGUCUUCUUCUCCUUUUUCACUCAGAUUCAUGAUUCAUAAGUAAACUUCUUUGCAACCAUUCUUACCUCGCCCUUAAUCUUAGCAGCCAAGUAUAUACUGGCUCUGUUGUAGCUGAAGUUUGCUGGAGAAAAUGUAACUGUUCAGGACACUAUAAAAUCAUGAUCACUGACAUAAUCAGCCCUCUACUUCCUGGCAUGGCUGGUGGCUUUCUGGUAAAGUCCCUCUAGCAUGGGGAAUAAGAUUGUGUGCAGGGUACUGUGGAGUGGAGGAAAAGUGAGGAGGUACUUUUCCAGGAACCAUAAAAAUGGUAAUAAAUAAUGACUAUGUAAAUAUACAAAUGUAAUGAAUAUGUAAAUAUGUAAACAUGUGGAGUUAGCAAAAGCUCACAUUAAUCCUUAAACCAGUAUGUGAAGGCGGGAAAAAAAAAACAAAACAAAACAAACAGAAUUAGGAAUUAACCUGAAGCUGAGCUCUGGAUCUACUCCAGAGAAGGGAAUUCAUGUCUGGCUUCCUUCAUGUGAAACUGAAUUUUGUGUUUGUUUUCAUCCUCCAACUCUGGGCUGUGAACACGAGUAACUCUAAUUUAGAAGCUGUUGAAAAUAAUCCUUUCACAAGUCUUUUAUCACAUUGUCUCCCAAGAGUUCCAGCCAUUCCCUACAACUCUUCUGGAACCCUAUGUAUGCGUAAUUGGAGAAAAUACCAAGGAAACAUUUUUUUCUCUUAAAUAUCAUUGUACUAAACUUGGAUUUGAGGUACACUAGUUUUUCUUACCUUUUGUAAAAGCCAUGAAAUGUCAUUAUGACUUUAUAGUAUUAUUUUAUUUCAAACCUAAACUAACUGGGUGUACUACAAUUCAAUUCUGGUACCACCUGGAGUUAGCAAAGACCCCAUAAAUUAAAGGGCACAGUCCCCCAAAAUACCGAUCUUAUUUCAGCUGUCAGCCACAAUUAAGGGGUCAUUUGGGCCACCUGUACUUCUGACUGACUAGCUAUACAUUUGGAGGUUCCCAUGACCCCCACAGGUUUGACAAUUUGCUAGAAUGGCUUAGAGAACUCAUAAAAGUGCUGUUCUUAUGAUGAUGGUAUCAUUACAAUGAAUACAAAGCAAGAGGACCAGUCAAGUGAGGAGGCUCAGAGGGUGAGGUCUGGGAAGGAAGAGCAAGCUUCAAUGUCCUCUCCCCAUGGAAUCAGGGCAUUUCACCCUCCCAUUAUAUCAGUGGUAUUCACCAGCCAUGAAGUUUCACUGAGUUUCCAUGCCCAGAAUUUUCACUGCACUUUCCUUACAGAGUCACAAUUAAUUAAAUCAUUGACCCCUACAGCCAACUAAUCUAUGACAAAGGAGGCGAGGAUAUACAA